AUGCUUGGAGUCCUAUUACCAGCCUUAUUUGUGGCGUUUGUUGCUGUCUCUGCAUCCCAUGAAGAAGAGGCAUAUAAAUACCUCCGAGCCUACCAUUACAUAUCUCCAACACGCUCUGGAAACUACGACUUUAACAUAGCAAUCAGGAAUUUUCAACAUUUCAUGGGUUUACCAGUCACUGGGAAUGUCGACGGAGCCACAAUAAAAAUGAUGAGAAAACCACGGUGUGGUGUAGCAGAUGUCGAAGAUGGUGCUUUCAAAACUCGUAGAAGGCGGUACAGUGUUUUUGGCUCCAAAUGGUCUAAAACGCACCUGACUUAUUAUCUCCAACACGGCCAGGAUCUGCCGCGUUCAACACAAAACCGAGUAAUCGAACGUGCCUUGCAGUAUUGGAGUGAGGUGUCUCCGCUAACGUUUUCGCGCGUUGGUCAUCCAAGCCAGGCAGAUUUGAAAAUGAGUUUUGGCCCAAGAACUCACGAAGGAACUUCAGAAGAAAACACGUGCGGUUACCCUUUUGAUGGAGAAGGUGGUGUUCUGGCGCAUGCAUUCGCGCCAUCUGAUGGUCGACUCCAUUUUGAUGAAGAAGAAACUUUCACCGACCUCUCUGAACAAGGAACCAAUUUGUUGUACGUUGCUGUUCAUGAGAUUGGACACAAUCUUGGUCUGAGGCAUUCCAGCGUGCGAGAUGCGGUGAUGUACCCGGCUUAUCUGGGAUACAAGCCUGAUUUGAAGCUUCACAGUGAUGAUAUUUCUGGCAUUCAAUCACUUUAUGGCUCUGGAGGUGGAGAUUUGAGUUACAGUUGUGGUUGUUGCCGAUGUGCAUUUUGUAGGCAGUUGGCCUGUGCCCUUGUAGCUCUGUUUCUCGCUGUUACACCCAGAAGAUGA